AUGUCCGAAAUUACUUUAGGAAGAUUCUUCUUUGAAAGAUUACAUCAAUUGCAAGUUGACACUGUUUUUGGUUUACCAGGGGAUUUCAAUUUAGCUUUGUUGGAUAAAAUCUAUGAAGUUGAAGGUAUGAGAUGGGCUGGUAAUGCCAAUGAAUUGAAUGCCGGUUAUGCUGCCGAUGGUUACGCCAGAGUCAAUCCAAAUGGUUUAUCUGCUUUAGUCAGUACUUUUGGUGUUGGUGAAUUGAGUUUGACUAAUGCCAUUGCUGGUUCUUAUUCUGAACACGUUGGUGUUAUUAACUUGGUUGGUGUUCCAUCAUCUUCUGCUCAAGCUAAACAAUUGUUGUUGCACCACACUUUAGGUAAUGGUGAUUUCACUGUUUUCCACAGAAUGUUCAAAAACAUUUCCCAAACCAGUGCCUUUAUUGCUGAUAUCAACUCUGCUCCAGCUGAAAUUGACAGAUGUAUCAGAGAUGCUUACAUUUACCAACGUCCAGUUUACAUUGGCUUACCAUCUAACUUGGUUGACAUGAAAGUUCCAAAAUCAUUAUUGGACUCCAAGAUUGAUUUGUCCUUACAUCCAAACGACCCAGAAUCUCAAAAGGAAGUUAUUGAAACCGUUGAAAAAUUGAUUUCUGAAGCCAGUAACCCAGUCAUCUUGGUUGAUGCUUGUGCUAUCAGACACAACUGUAAACCAGAAGUUGCUAAGUUGAUUGAAGAAACUCAAUUCCCAGUCUUCACCACUCCAAUGGGUAAAUCAAGUGUUGAUGAAUCCAACCCAAGAUUCGGUGGUGUCUACGUUGGUAGUUUAUCCAAACCAGAAGUUAAAGAAGCUGUUGAAGGUGCUGAUUUGAUCUUAUCUGUUGGUGCCUUGUUGUCUGACUUCAACACCGGUUCAUUCUCAUACGGCUACAAAACUAGAAACAUUGUUGAAUUCCACUCUGAUUACACCAAGAUUAGACAGGCCACUUUCCCAGGUGUUCAAAUGAAAGAAGCUUUACAAGAAUUAUUGAAGACCGUUAAGAAAGCUAUCAAUCCAAAAUACACCGUAGGUCCAGUUCCACAAACCAAAUUGCUCAACACUCCAGCUGCUCCAUCUACUCCAUUGACUCAAGAAUACUUGUGGACUAAAGUUUCAUCCUGGUUCAGAGAAGGUGAUAUCAUUAUCACUGAAACUGGUACCUCAGCCUUCGGUAUUGUUCAAUCACGUUUCCCAAAGAACUCUAUUGGUAUUUCUCAAGUCUUGUGGGGUUCCAUUGGUUACACUGUUGGUGCUACUUGUGGUGCUGCUAUGGCUGCUCAAGAAUUGGACCCAAAGAGAAGAGUCAUUUUAUUCGUUGGUGAUGGUUCAUUACAAUUAACCGUUCAAGAAAUCUCCACCAUGUGUAAAUGGGAAUGUAACAACACCUAUCUUUUCGUUUUGAACAACGAUGGUUACACCAUUGAAAGAUUGAUUCACGGUGAAAAAGCUCAAUACAAUGACAUUCAACCAUGGAACAACUUGCAAUUAUUGCCAUUGUUCAAUGCUAAAGAUUACGAAACCAAGAGAAUCGGUACUGUUGGUGAAUUGAAUGAUUUGUUUGCCGACAAAGCUUUUGCUGUUCCAGACAAGAUUAGAAUGGUUGAAGUUAUGCUUCCAACUAUGGAUGCUCCAGCUAACUUGGUUGCUCAAGCCAAAUUAUCUGAAAAGACCAAUGCUGAACAAUAA